UAUGGUGGCUGGGGGAUAGUAUCGUCUUUUUAAUUUCGUUGAAGGCUGAGGUUUUAGCCACGAGGUCAGGGUUUAGUGUCGUGUUAUCGUGGAGGAACUUGGAAGCAGCAGCAAACAGCAGGAAGUGAAGAGAUGAUAGCCCCUUCAAUGGCGAUGCUCCAGCAAGUGUGCUCUGUGCCCCUUGCACGUGUCGUUAGGCGCCCAAGUUCCUUUACCAUCGCAUCUUCUCGCAACCUCUAUACCUCCUCCCCCUCGUCUCCGCACCGUACCUCACACGUGGACCCUCACGCGCUGCUUGGCAUGUCGGAGCCGGAGCUUCAACAGCUCGCCGUCGACUUGGGCCAACAAAGCUAUAGAGGAAAGCAGCUCUACCAUCUAACAUACCAGCGAAAACUCAGAGAAAUCCAAGAUUUUAGUCAAUUGCCUCAGGCAUUCCGAAAUGAUCUUCAAGAAGCAGGAUGGAAAGUUGGGCGCUCGCCAAUUUAUCGCACUGUUACUGCAGUUGAUGGCACUGUUAAGUUACUGAUUAAAUUGGAGGACAACAGAUUGAUUGAAACUGUUGGCAUACCAGUUGAAGAUGACAAAGGUUCAAUGCGUCUUACUGCAUGCAUCUCAUCUCAGGUUGGUUGUCCAUUGCGCUGCUUAUUUUGUGCCACCGGAAAAGGCGGGUAUUCAAGAAAUCUUCAAAGGCAUGAAAUUAUUGAGCAGGUUUUGGCUAUUGAGGAAAUCUUCAAACAUAGAGUGACAAAUGUAGUCUUCAUGGGAAUGGGUGAACCAAUGCUGAACUUGAAGUCUGUACUUGAAGCUCACCGAUGCUUGAAUAAGGAUGUGCAAAUUGGACAAAGAAUGAUCACGAUUUCCACUGUAGGGGUCCCAAAUACAAUUAAAAAGCUGGCUUCCUAUAAGCUUCAGUCAACAUUGGCCCUCAGCUUACACGCUCCAAACCAGAAACUUAGGGAAACAAUUGUGCCAAGUGCAAAAUCAUACCCCCUAGAUGCAAUUAUGAAAGAUUGCAGGGACUACUUCCUUGAAACCAGUCGACGAGUGUCCUUUGAGUAUGCUCUUUUAGCUGGGGUCAAUGAUAGAGCAGAGCAUGCAAUAGAACUUACUGAGCUACUCCAUGAGUGGGGACGUGGUUCUCAUGUGAAUCUGAUACCCUUCAAUCCAAUUGAAGGCUCUGAUUAUCAACGACCACAGAAAAAGGCGAUACAAGCAUUUGCAGCUGCUCUGGAAUCUCGUAAAAUAACUGUGAGCAUACGUCAAACGAGAGGCCUGGAUGCAAGUGCAGCUUGCGGUCAGCUGAGAAAUGAGUUCCAGAAAAGUCCUUUACUUGCUGACUCCGACAGCUUACAAUCACAACCAGACAUUGCAGUUGCAUGCUGAUGCCAUAAGGAUUCUGGCUGGCUGCCUGUAUACUAUGUUUUUCUAUAGCCACAUUCCACACACAACUUUUCUUCCCCAUCCACAAGAAUCUUGAUAUUUGGUGAUGAGGCUAGUUGGUUCUUCAACAAUCUUGACAAUGGCAUGAUCCAGAAUUCUCAUCUUCUAUGUGAGCCAACAAAGUCAACAUAGUUUCGUACAUUAUGCGGAAAUUAAGGGGGUGAAAUGUAUAUUUAUCUUUUGAUGAUUUUCUGGCGGUGUCACAGCCUAACUUAAAAUGGAGCACUUAAAUUCUAAUGGUCAACUCACUUUGUGGCAGGGAGAAAGGAUAAAUGGAUCAUUAUCACAGAAUUAGUAGUUUAGCAUAACAGUAACCUGCUUGCAAAUAAUUUUGAAUCUUGAGGCAGAGAUCUCUCUUUAAUUGUAUUAUUCUAUGCAUCAUUGUAAUUUGACAGGCGACUACAUGACUACAUAUUUUCUAUGUAAUUAUGUACAAUAUACUAUAAAAUAUUAUUUUUCCAUCA